CAGGGGGCGGGGCCCGCUCGAGCUCUAUGGCUACUGCACACAAGGGCAAACGGAGUGCAUCAGUAGGGCUUGUGGCGGCGAUGCAGCGCUUAGUCGGUCGCUCGGUCUGUUAACAUAAAAUGGCAAAUGGCAUGCAGCCUCGCCAGAAAAGUCUUCGCCACCUGCACUAAAAUGCCCAGGCACGGCACACGUUGCAGAGCGACAAUGUAAAUGUCACCGUUCGUGCAAGGGAUAAAGCGGCAGAUUCCAAUUACUGCAGAUUAUUGGAUUGGCUGCCUUAUUACUGGCAAGAAGCGCAACAAUUCGGUGUCCCACCUUCCUCACGCUGACAAACAAGGUAAAACAAUGCUGACCACAAUCACCGAUGGCAUCAUGUGCUGCCUGACUGGGAAGUCCGCUAACACAGUUAUGCCAAUCGAGAGCUGUGAACCAGGAGAUGGCUUUGAGUUUGUGGAAGUGAAGCCGGGCCGCGUGCUCCGCAUUAGACACAUCCUCCCAGACAGAGGAACCUGCGAGAUGCUGGGAGAAGAGGCUGAGCAACCAUCUCGGGGAAGCGUACACUGUAAACGCAAGAUCACAGUGUAUCGCCACGGCCAGCUGGUGAUCGAAAAUCUUGGGGAUGUGGUCCGUUCAGAGAUUCUUCACUGCCAGAACGGCAACACCGAACCCAGCAGCAUGGUGGAAGUCGAACUGUCCGAUUAUAACAGUACGUCGUCUAUCCCCGAACCGAAAGCGUCACGAGAGAGUUCCAAAAGUCCUCACCCACCGGGGCAGCGUCGCCGCCGUCGUAAGCCCAAACGUACCGUGGUGAUCGACUGCGAGAGGAAAAUCUCCAGCUGCAAGGGCACCCAUGCAGACGUGGCAAUCUUUUUCUUCCAUGGCGUUGGAGGAUCUUUAGACAUCUGGGCUAGCCAGUUGGACUUCUUUUCCCGGCUGGGCUAUGAGGUGAUUGCCCCAGACCUGGCUGGACAUGGGGCAAGUUCAGCCCCCCAAAUUGCAGCUGCCUACACCUUCUAUGCCCUAGCUGAGGAUGUCAGGGCCAUUUUUAAGCGGUACGCACGCCGGAGGAACAUCAUCAUUGGACAUUCCUAUGGGGUAUCCUUCUGCACAUUUCUGGCACACGAAUACCCAGACCUGGUCCACAAAGUAGUAAUGAUAAAUGGUGGCGGUCCCACAGCCCUGGAGCCAAGCCUUUGCUCCAUUUUCAACUUGCCUACCUGCGUCCUUCAUUGCCUGUCACCCUGCCUGGCCUGGAGCUUCCUUAAGGCAGGAUUUGCUCGACAAGGUGCCAAAGAGAAGCAGCUGCUUAAAGAGGGCAAUGCUUUCAAUGUCUCCUCCUUUGUUCUGCGGGCCAUGAUGAGUGGUCAGUACUGGCCGGAGGGUGACGAGGUUUAUCACGCUGAGCUGACUGUGCCAAUUCUGCUGGUACAUGGCAUGCAUGAUAAGUUUGUUCCCAUCGAGGAAGACCAGCGCAUGGCAGAGAUCUUGCUGAUUGCAUUCCUGAAGGUGAUCGACGAAGGCAGCCACAUGGUAAUGAUGGAGUGCCCCGAGACAGUAAACACCCUCCUGCAUGAAUUCUUCUUGUGGGAACCUGAUCUUUCUUCUCAUGGGGAUCCUUCCACCAGCAAUAAGGCCCCCUGCACCCAAGACAGAACACCAAGAAAAGAGCCAGAGAACAAAUAGCCAGAUGUGUAACUGUGCAUAAAAAUACAAGGGGGCUACGGUUUGACGGCUGUCUGUGGCAGGAAUGCCUGCCUACCUGCUGAAAGCUGUUUUUAAUGGCACUGUGGGGGGCCUCAGAUUGGACUGGGGUCGACUGUCUCUUGUUACGUCCAAGAGAGGGAAGGAGAAAAGGAGCGUGAAUGGUGCAAGUAGCUAAGUUGAGGCAGCUAAAACAAGAUGGUUUAAUUCAUUUCUACCAAGUUUGCUCACUUAUUAUGAGACACUCCGCAGUGUUAACUUAAUGUCUUCCUACGGUCAAUCUCUCAUUUUAAAGACGUGGCAAGAAGAAAGCCACGGGUUGAUAGGGCCUGGUAAAUUUGGAUCUGUUACCACACUCUAUGCUUAUAGUUUUGGAGGUACUGACAGAGUUGCGGAAGGACAUUUUUAUUUGGUUGGCAUGCAUGUUGGGCAUUGCCUGCAAAUCAGAGCAGUAGGACAGCGAGGCACACAGCACUGUUAGCAAGAAUGUAAAAGAGGAUAAAGAUUUUACUUUCAUAUAGAAUUUCUUUUAUCGUAGCAAUGAAUGAUCCUUUUACCACAUCGCCCAUUCUUGUCUAUUAGUGAGACAGCAAUCCAAAAAUGACAGUUUCAAAUUAGCAGAUCUUUGUCAAAAAAUAAAUAAGUAAACCAAUCUGCACCUGCUUUCUAUGUAGAGUCCUGGGAUUGGACAGCUGGACGCCUAGUCGGGUACCGCACCCUUCUGCUGUCUCCUGUCAUGACAAGAGAGAUUAAAAAGAAGAAUCCCCCACCCCUUCCUCUUCCUGGGCUUUUUAUCCUCGAUUCCUCGUCUCAAAUUCCUGACAAUCAAAAACAAAACAUGUGCAAUGAUUACGUCAAACUUUUGUUAUUUUUUGGUUUUCUCUUAGUUUAAUCGAUGACUCGCAUGAACCCACCGAUUGUUCAUUCGACGACCAAGGGGUGGAAUGCUGGGAAAUUAGCCAUUCAUCUUUUUCCCCACCAAGGUCCUUAUUACUCUUUAUUUGUGAGAAUGUUGAGAUACACUGGUGGAUUUAUCAUCUGCUGAGAAAAAAAAAGACUUUUAUAUAAAUAUAUAUGUAUAUAUAUAUAUAAAUAUAUGACCAAAAAACAACUAAUAUAUAUUUAAGUUAAUAUAAGAACACUUACAUUCAACUGAGACUAUAUACUCUAAAACCAAUGUACAAAAGAGUAAGAAUGAUGUUUUUAAACUAAAACUCUAUCAUAGGUGCCAAUGUGUUCUGUCAUAAUGUCACACCAUUUAUGAACUGGGUGGUCAUAAUCUGCAGUGCUAGAGGUGGAGGUCUGCGAGUGGCCAAGUUACAACCUUGGGUCUUCAGUUGGGUUCGGACUUGGAUUUUCUCUUUGCCUUACCAAUGCCCCAUUUUGUUCUUGAUACAAUCAAAUAACUGUUGACCUGCCUUUUAUUAACUUGUGCAGUGUUUAAGUGUAUUGGCUUUGUUAAGCUCGGAAAAUGCGCUGAUACAUUUAUGAGGCUGACAUGUUGAUCCAAAGUCUUUUCUUAUUUGAAUAACACAUAUCUUUAAUAGGAGCACAGGCUGGCGAUGCAAUUAUAUCGGCAAAAUUAUGGUGUGCGGUUCAAUGCUUUAUUAAGACACCCGGGAGCCCAACACUGAACAGUGCCUUGUGAAAGUGCCCCUCAGUGUUUGUUUCCCCCCCCCUAAAAAAAUCCAUUUGAAUUCCAGGUUGUAAUGCAGCAAAACAGGACAUACACGGAAGGGGAUGAAUACUUUUGCACAGCACUACAUUAUAUCUUUUUUGCUUUUUAACUUGCUUAUUCCAUUGCAGAGUGGCAUGGAGGCAAACACCUACUCCCAUUGACGUCGCGUACAACGCAGAAGCCAACCCUACCAACUGCAGGGCACAUUCACGCACACACAUAGCCACGCCAGGCAUGUUUCAAGCUCAAGCUCGCUGUCAUUUGACUGUGGUAUCAUACAAACAGUGGCACCAAUCAACUUAAACUGCACACCUGUGGGAAGAAAUUUCGAGAAUUAAAAGUAACCUAUGAAUUUCUCUGAAAUGAAUAGAUCGUUUUUGUUUUCUUUAUACCCAAGUAGUCAGAGUAUAUACUUUUAAUUGAAAUUAGAGAAAUUUAAUGGGAGACGGAGAAAUACACAAGAGACCAUCACAUUCACAGUCGAGAAAUGGAUACUUUUCAUGGCAUAGCAGGGCAAAUGAAGAGGCCGGGCAAAGGCAAAUGCUUGGGGUGCCAACUGGGGGCAAAACCCUGUUUAAUUGGAACAAAGAAUAUUAAUGAAAAAUAUGCACAUUUUAAAAAAAUACAGUCCUUCACUCUGGAACAACAAGUUACCGACUCUUGCGUAGGUCUGCACAGAAGCAAAGACAGCAUUGAAAUGAGAGGCCGCCUUCCAGGAAUAUUUUCUUUUUAGAUCAAGCUGGCUGGAAAAGGUGGAGCUUCCUUUGCUUUGGUGCCCUCAAGGGGCAGGGCUGUGAGGGGGAAAAAAAAAAAAGGAGAUAAAAGGAAUGUUAGUGACAGCGCCCCCUCUCGUCCUGGGGUGGUACUACUUAACUUUAGAUGAACCUGGAAGGUGAUCCUCUGGCAAACAUGCAAGACACUGGAAAAUGCAAUUUAUAAUUGACAGUGUAUUGGGAUCAUCUUUUAUUUUUUUUUUUCCCAAAUGGAGAGUUCAUAAAAUUGGACCAAAAUAAUUUUCUGCAAAGUAAAAUUUCACUGUACUCUAUAGAAUCUAUAGAACUAUGAACAGAGGGAUUUAGUUCUAUUUUUCCUCUUUUAGUUUCCUAAAAUUGUAGUCCUACAGAAAAAAUGCUACCAUUAUGACACCAAACAUUUUCUGGCUGCGUUACAUAAAAUAAAUUGUAGAAAAAAAAGAACAAUUGAGUCUCGGAGUCUUUUGGUUAAGCAAAGGUUGUUAAUAAUCGACCAAGAGAUGCUCAUGAACAAUAAUCUAGAAAUCCCCACUACCAUUUCUAAGAAGGCCUUCUUCAGACUGUGACAUUGAAUGCAACACAACAGCCAUUUGCCUGCAGAAAAGGGACUGCAGCUUUUCAGAUGACGAUGAUCAAGGAAACCAAAAGUUAUUUUAUACACAAAGUGUAACCAGAGUUUGCUCUGGCUUUUACGGGUGAUGUUCCAUCAAAAGCAAAAUUAAUGAAAGACAACAUUAGCAAACGGGAGAACUUCCUCCAACUACCUAAAGAUUUCAAGGAUUCACUCAUGCACAGCUCAUUUAUGUUUCUACAACCUGUGCAAAAUGUCCACGUGUCCAAUUGCCACUGUACAUCCCCCCCAUGUGGUAGAAAUGUGUAUUUGCUGUUAGCAGUAAUUCAUUAAGUAAAAUAAUUAAAGAAAGCCUGCAAGUCUUUUGUCAUAGAUCAGCUCAGCUGAAAUUUUCCAACAGUUGACAACUUGUGAUGUGCAAUAGUGCCAUUACCUGCAGUUAAAAUAAACGUCUAUAUUCUCA